CCUACGCCUGAAUCGUCUCGUUCGGCUAACUUCAAUCAUUCUCCGGUAAGGAAGUUAUUGGCGGGCAUCUUAGGUGGAGGAAGAUGGCGGCUAGGUGCUCGGUGGAUGUUGGAGGAACAUGUUCAAGGCGGGGGAAGACCCACAGUUUUCGCUGUUUGAAUGGAAUCCGAGCCCUCGCGGAGAGCGGUCGCUUCAAGGGAUGGCUAUUAGAUCAGUUUGGGGUUCUUCAUGAUGGGAAGAAACCAUACCCUGGUGCCAUUUCAACAUUGGAAAAUUUAGCAAAUCAUGGUGCAAAGAUGGUAGUUAUAAGCAAUUCUUCCCGGCGAGCAUCCAUAACAAUUGAGAAACUGAAGGACCUUGGUUUUGAUCCUUCUCUGUUUCUUGGAGCUUUCACAAGUGGAGAACUAACACAUCAAUACCUUGAAAGGAGGGAUGAUCCAUGGUUUUCGGAACUGGGACAAUGUUGCAUUCACAUGACAUGGCAUGAUCGAGGUGCAAUAUCUCUUGAUGGGUUGGGCUUGCAAGUGGUGAACCGGGUAGAUGAAGCAGAUUUUAUUUUAGCGCAUGGUACUGAAGCACUUGGCCUACCUUCUGGUGAUUCACAGCCUAUGAGCCUUGAAGAGCUUGAGAAAAUUUUAGAGCUAUGUAGUAAAAGGAAAAUUCCAAUGGUGGUAGCUAACCCGGAUUUUGUUACUGUUGAAGCUAGAGGUUUGCGUGUAAUGCCUGGCACACUUGCCGAGAAAUAUGAAAAACUUGGUGGCGAAGUGAAAUGGAUGGGGAAACCUGAUACG